AUGAACAUGGAAGCCAAGAACGGCUCACCGGUUCCUGCAGGGGACUACAGUGGGGAUCGUGACUCCGCUGAUAUCACGGAACACGAACAAUCGGACGUAAGGCCCAAAACUAAUGGCGAUAGCAAAGCGGACCGCAAAGCAGCCAAUGCCAAGGAUCCUUCCCGACCGCGACGGAAGAAGGCUCGGCGAGCUUGCUUUGCAUGCCAACGAGCUCAUUUAACUUGCGGCGACGAACGACCGUGUCAACGUUGCAUCAAACGUGGUCUUCAAGAUGCUUGCCAUGAUGGUGUUCGCAAGAAGGCCAAGUAUCUCCAUGAUGCUCCCGAUGGGGCGUUGAUGCCAGCUGUUACUAGCAGCAACAACACCAAUCUAUACAACAGCACGCUCCGCAAUAAUCUGCCUAUAUCUAGAAAUGGCACAAAUGCUGUCAACCCCAACCAGCAACACAGCCAACAUAGUCAACAACACAGCCAUCAACAUAGCCAACAAUCAACCAACACCACGAAUAACAACUUUUACCCUACGCCCCAGACACAGGCAGGAUCUUACAACCCCUACCAAGAAUCCCCUAUGAGCCAAAGCCCUUUUACCACGCAAUCACCUGUUUCACCUACUUUUAACAUGAAGAGCAGCACCAAUGGUCGAAACCCAAGUCUUUCAUCGACUGUAAACCAGCAACCUACUCCAGGUGCUCUCUCUGGGGAUACAAGUCAGUCCCAAAAUCCUUUUGCAGGGCCAUUUUUUGAUCCUAGUGAUCCAGCACUCUUCAAUUUCGAUCUAUCGAGCAUGAACUUCGAAAAUCGAUACGGUGCUCUGGAAUUCGGCAUGCUUGGGCAUAUGGCCACCGGAGCGGCCGGUGACUCCCCAACUGAUUCCGCAGGACAGCGAGGGUCAAUUGGCCGCAGUGGAUCGGCCCAGUUCUCCACACCAGCUCCUGGCUUUGGAGAAAGCCCGGGAAAUCAACCUUUCAUGUUCGGCGAUCCUAUCCUAAAUGAUUGGUCGACCGGGCCGGCCUCGGGCCAGCAUGUGAAUGUCGGCGGUGUGUAUGGCCAAAAUGCCAUGCUUCCCGAACACAUGAAAGCAAACGCACCACAUGCAUUUGCAAUUGAAAGUGGGCCAGCAAGCUUCACUAGUCCUGGCUCGGCCCAAAGCCCGAAUAUCGCAACGGCUGCAUUCGACGACGGCCCGUUCAACAAUAUCGCUCCUGCUCCAAAGUCCAACAGCCUGGUGCCGAAUGGACAACGCCAGGUGACGUCAGCGUCGAUCUUAAAACACCCAAAUCUGCAUGUUGGCUCUAAACGGCGCCACCGCAACCCUUCCUCCAUAUACGAAAGCGUGAAGGAGCCCUAUGCUUACACAAGUGGCUUCCACAACCUCACUGCUUUCAUCCAACGUCGCUUUUCGCCGCAAAAGACUGUGCGAAUUGCCAAGGCGCUUGCGUCUAUUCGACCCUCUUUUAUCGCAACUACUAAGACCCUCAAUCGUGAUGAUCUCAUCUUCAUGGAAAAAUGCUUCCAGCGAACUCUCUGGGAAUACGAGGACUUCAUCAAUGCAUGUGGAACGCCGACCAUCGUCUGCCGACGCACCGGUGAGAUCGCCGCCGUAGGCAAGGAGUUUAGCAUCCUAACCGGAUGGAAGAAAGACGUGCUUCUAGGAAAAGAGACAAACCUAAACGUCAACACCGGUGUUCCGGGCCAGUCCGGGACAACGUCACGCGGUAGUUACACCCCGCGCGGCUCGACAUUAGAGAGUUCCGGCACUGGACGCCCCCAGCCGGUAUUCUUGGCCGAGCUUCUCGACGAUGACAGCGUCGUGGAGUUCUAUGAGGACUUUGCGCGUCUGGCAUUCGGCGAUUCUCGUGGUAGUGUCAUGACUCGAUGCAAGCUGCUCAAAUACAAGACCAAGGAGGAUAUGGAGGGUGCACAGUCCGAUGAUAACGGAAAGUGGAACAACCACCUCCGCAAAGGUGGCAUUGCUGGCGAGGCUGGCAUGAACCAGCUUGGUUUCAAGGACGGAAAGGUCGAAUGCGCGUACUGCUGGACAGUGAAACGCGAUGUGUUCGAUAUCCCGAUGCUCAUUGUGAUGAAUUUCUUGCCAUGCAUUUGA